AUGCGCGUCCCAGUUUCACUGUCCCUCGCGGCAUUGGGUCUAGUAGGGUCGACGGUUGCUUUUCCAUUUGUCGAGCCUGAGGCGGUUUUACAGCGCAAGUCGGAGACCCAAGCGAAGGCCGAUGCGGUUAAAGAGGCUUUCCAGCAUGCAUGGGAUGGCUAUAUGAAAUACGCAUAUCCUCACGAUGAGCUGCACCCAGUGAGCAAUGGUUAUGGUGACUCGCGCAAUGGCUGGGGAGCAUCCGCGGUGGAUGCCCUCUCAACAGCAAUUAUCAUGGGCAAGGCUGAUGUUGUCAGCACCAUCCUGGACCAUGUCUCACAGAUCGACUAUAGCCAGACCUCCUCGGAGGUCAGCCUGUUUGAGACGACCAUCCGCUACCUGGCCGGCAUGCUGUCCGGUUAUGACCUGCUCAAGGGACCAGCUGCCAAUCUCGCUCAAGACUCGGACCUCGUAGACAAUCUGCUGAUCCAGUCAAAGAACCUGGGUGAUGUCCUCAAGUUCGCCUUCGACACCGGGUCCGGGGUGCCGUACAACAACCUCAACAUCACGUCGCAGGGCAAUGACGGCGCGACCACCAAUGGUCUCGCCGUUACCGGAACUCUGGUGCUCGAAUGGACGCGCCUGUCUGAUCUGACUGGUGACAGUGAGUACGCGGAGCUCAGCCAGAAGGCGGAAUCCCACCUGCUGGACCCCCAGCCGUCCAGCGGCGAGCCCUUCCCGGGCCUUGUGGGCAGCAACAUCAGACUCGAUAAUGGCGAGUUCACCGACGGACACGUCUCUUGGGACGGCGGCGAUGACUCAUUCUAUGAGUAUCUGAUCAAGAUGUACGUGUAUGACCCCAAGCGGUUCGACACAUACAAGGACCGCUGGGUGCUGGCGGCCGAAUCCACCAUCAACCACCUACAGUCCCACCCGGCGACCCGAUCGGAUCUGACGUUCCUGUCUUCGUACAACAAUGGGAAAUAUUACCUCAACUCUCAGCACUUGACCUGCUUCGACGGCGGUAGCUUCCUCCUCGGUGGUACCGUGCUGGGCCGACAGGACUUCAUUGACUUUGGUCUCCAGCUCGUCAACGGUUGUGAGGCGACUUACAACUCGACUCUGACCAAAAUCGGUCCCGAGUCUUGGAGCUGGGACCCAAAUAAUGUCCCGAGUAGCCAGAAGGAUCUCUACGAGAAAGCUGGCUUCUACAUCACCAGCAGCGCGUAUAUCCUGCGCCCCGAGGUGGUGGAGAGCUUCUACUAUGCCUAUCGUGUUACUGGCAGCGAAGUGUACCGUGACUGGGCUUGGAACGCCUUUGUCGCAAUCAAUGCCACCUGCCGUACCGACUCUGGCUUCGCCGGCGUUAGUAAUGUGAAUGCUAAGAACGGCGGUUCCAAGUACGACAACCAAGAGAGCUUCCUCUUCGCUGAGGUCAUGAAGUACUCCUACCUCAUCCACGCAGAAGAUGCGGAAUGGCAAGUCAAGACCGGCGACAAGAACAGCUUUGUGUUCAAUACCGAGGCUCACCCUGUGCGUGUGAUGCACACUUAA